CGAUCCUCAUCCUCGAUGCCGGACCCUCACCCCCUUCACCAGACUCCUCAGCAUCCACCCCCCACGCCCCCAGUUCUGUACCGGCGAGGGACAUCGACCUUUGGGGCACUGGGAGGUCCGGUCAGAGGGCACCGGAAAAGGAGACGGUUGCACCCCUGUCCCCAGAACACCACUAAGAAGAAUACCCUGUUCCAGUUGAAGUUCACGGCAAAGCAGCUGGAGAAGCUGGCCAAGAAGGCAGAGAAGGACUCCAAGGCGGAGCAGGCCAAAGUGAAGAAGGCCCUUCAGCAGAAGAACGUGGAGUGUGCACGUGUGUAUGCCGAGAAUGCCAUCCGCAAGAAGAAUGAAGGUGUGAACUGGCUCCGCAUGGCAUCCCGUGUGGACGCAGUGGCCUCCAAGGUGCAGACGGCCGUCACCAUGAAGGGGGUGACCAAGAACAUGGCGCAGGUGACCAAAGCCCUGGACAGGGCGCUGAGCACCAUGGACUUGCAGAAGGUCUCUGCGGUGAUGGACAGGUUUGAGCAGCAGGUGCAGAACCUGGAUGUGCACACAUCGGUAAUGGAGGACUCCAUGAGCUCGGCCACCACACUGACCACGCCGCAGGAGCAGGUGGACAGCCUCAUCGUGCAGAUCGCUGAGGAGAACGGCCUGGAGGUCUUGGACCAGCUCAGCCAGCUGCCCGAGGGCGCCUCUGCCGUGGGCGAGAGCUCCGUGCGCAGCCAGGAGGACCAGCUGUCUCGGAGGUUGGCCGCCUUGAGAAACUAGCCGAGCCCUCCUGGCAGGGCCCUGCUUCCCUGGCCGUGACGUGCAGGAAGGGCCGGGGAGGAGGGCUCCAUCUCUCUCCCCAUGCCUCUUGCCUUUCUGCACACCCUGCAGCGUGGCCCUUCCCUCCAGGCCUGGGAAUUGUCCCUCUUAGCGUAGACGGUGGCUCUGUGUCCUGGUGGGUGAGUUUGCACAAUCUUCUGACUUCUGUGGGUUAUUUCUGUGACUCUGGGCUGACCAGCUCGGGGUUCUGCAGGCCCCCCUCCGUUCCCCCACCCUCUGAGAUGUUGACGGGGACCGACCAGUGGACGCCGUGUGGGCCAUGGGGGCCUUCAGACUCCGGGUAACGGCAGAUGUGCUCCCAGUGGUCAGCCAGUGGGUGUCAGGGCUUCUUCCUGCUGCCAGGCACCUGGAGGCCAGCUGGCUGAGCCCCACCUGGGAUCCCUGGCAUCAGGCGCCAUGCUCCACGUCCAGGCACGCCCACCCAGGGGGCCCCCAUCCUCGUUCCACUGUUGCCUCUGGAGGGCCUGGGGCCCCGAGGGGUGUGCUGUGUGUCCUGUAGGAACUCAGGUCUGCACUGCGGUCCCUCCCAGCGAGGAGCAGGUGGUCCACACUCCGGCUUGGGGUGCCGCGUCUGCGUUGUUCUCUUCUGUGCUGUAAAUAAUGGGUGCCUCCCCCCCACCCCUCGACUGGUCUCUUCUCCUGCCUGUGGGCUCACACCAUCCGACCUGGGAGCUUGCGUGCUCCGAGAGGGGCCCCUGGUGGGGCCAGCACUGGGGAGAAGCCAUGGCAGCCUCGGCCAGGCGGCUAGCAGUAGCUCCUCAUGAGUUCCUGGGACAGGCAGCAGUUUCUGUGUUUCUCAUUUCCUGAGGUUUACUUUGUUUUCUUGAAGCUUCCAGGGUAUUUUGUUUUUUUGCCAAAAUAGAAGGAGCAGACAGCAGAUGGGGAGCACUUGGGUCCAAGCCCCAUUCUUGGUGUGAGCUUGUGAGAACUUCAUGGUUGAUACUGAGUGGGGCCCGGCUCCGUGCACAGCUGACCACCCGGCCAGCCUUUCCCAGAGGCUCCCAGUGCCCACGCUGUCCUCAUACCAGUGGCUCUUGGAAAGAAAUGUUGGAGAUCUUUACCGUGACUUGCUACGUGUGAUUCCUCUGGACUUGCUUGUCCCUGCGUAUUCUGUGUGGUCAGUUGGGUUGGAGCAACCUGGAUGCCCGAGACUGGUGUGAGACCCCAGAGGGCAGGUCAGCGUGCUGUCUGGCUUUUCUUCCACAAUGCCGGCCUCGCCUUACUCCCUGGCUGUGGUCUCUCAGGAUGCCCACGUGCUGGGGGUUCAGAGAAGAUCCUGACUGUCCUGGUGCCCAGUGGGUGCAGAGCUCCACGGCUGUGGCUCAUCAUAGAGCAGUGGGCAUGUUUGCCCGUUUUCCUAAAGUGCUGUUGUGAGUAAACACAUUGAUCCCUGAGAACUUUCUCCGGCUUUGCUUUAGUGGCUUUCGGUAGGGUGGGGAGCCAUAGGGGGGCCCUUGAUAGGGCUCUCCAGCCCCCAUGCAGGAGGCUGAGGAGGGUACCUGGAGGAGGGCAGGUGGGGUAGGGUAUGCAUGUUCUCAGGCCCACACCCCUACAGGUGGAGCUAGAGUCUGAAGUAUUAAAUUUUCUUUUUAAGUUUUUACCUGGAAAUAACUGUAAACGUACAUAAAAGUGGUGAUUUGCACCGUU